UUCUUCACUCCAUUUUGCCACUCACUCCCUUUUUCUCUCUCUCUUUAAUUCCCUACUAUUUAUUGUCCCAUAAACCUCGAGCGUUAGAAUUUUCGUUCCCUUUUAUAACUGACCUUCUCUGUGUUGCCAGAUUUGGGAUUUCUCCGGCGACGGCCACCUCCGAUGGGCUGUGCCUCCUCCAAGCUCGACAACCUUCCGGCGGUGGCUCUCUGCCGUGACCGUUGCAAAUUUCUUGACCAAGCUCUCAUUUUUACCCAUUCUCUCGUCGAUUCUCACUCUGCUUAUGCUGAUUCACUUAACAAAACCGCCUCCGCUCUCCGCCGUUUGUUUGACCAAGACGGUGAAAUCGGCGGCGGUGAUUUGAAAUGUCCUCCACCGCCGCCUGCCGCCCCUACAAUGGAGAGAUCCGAUUCUGAUUCUGAUGCCGACUCGGAUUCCGAUUCUGAUUCCACAGAAGAAGAAGAAGAUGGGUGUUUUAAUCAAGAGAAACCACAAUCUCCCCCGGUUGGAAGUUUCUUGUUCUCGAAUUACGACUACGCAAGAGGACAGCCACCGCCGCCGCCGCCGACUGGCUCAUCGUGGGAUUUCUUUAAUUUCUUCGAGACCUAUGAAAGAUACGAACAACCCAUCUUCAAUUGGGAUCGCGAAGGAGCAGACCAGAAGUUACAAACAACGAGAGUUGUGGUGAAGAAGAAGAAGAAACCGGCGGUGGUUGUUGAUUCGAAGAAAAAUGAUGAAGCUGAAAAAUCAAACAAACCGGAAAAGAAGAUUGAUGAUCCAAAGAUGGGUAUGUUGGAUUUAAUGAGAGAAAUCAAGGGCUCCUUUGAAAAAGCUUCUGAAUCGAGCAAUUCCAUUUCCAAGCUGCUUUCUUAUGGUCAAAGAAUGAGUUUUUGCAAAGAUUCAAGAACAGGCUCACGAGGUUUAUUGUCUAUUUUGAAGAAGCUGUGUGUUUGGGAGCAGAAACUGUACCUGGAAGUGAAGGCUGAGGAGAGAUUGCGUAUGAUUUUGGAGAAGAAAUGCCGGCAGCUGAAGAAUUUGGUGGAGAAGAAGGCCGAUACUCGGAAAAUUGAUCCCCUUCGAAACUCCAUCAGAAAUUUGUCGAUCAAAUUGAAAAUUUCAAUUCAGGUGGUUGAUAGGAUUUCGAUUACAAUAAGCAAAUUGAGAGAUGAAGAAUUUUUAGCAGAGAUGAAUGAAUUGAUUCAUGGAUUACAGAGCAUGUGGAAAGUCAUGUCAGAAUCUCACAAGCAACAAAUACAAUCACUAACAGACCCCAAACCCUUCGAAUCGAUCCUCAACGGCGCCCUCGACGACGCUCAUCUGGAAGCCGCCAUGGAUCUAAAACUUGAGCUCGAGAAUUGGAGAUCAAAUUUCAUCGAUUUAAUCGCUACCCAAAAGGACUGCAUCAAAGCCCUCAACGGUUGGCUUCUCCGAUGCCUAUUAUACGAACCCGAGCCCGAAGAAACCCCCAACGGAGGCUGCCCGCCGCCCUUCUCUCCGGCAAGAAUCGGGGCUCCUCCCGUAUUCGUAAUCGGCCACCUCUGGUCCGACACCACCGAAAGAUUCUCCGACAAGGACGUCUCUGAGGCCAUACAGGGGCUGGUCUCGAAGUUGGAUCAGGCGCUGGAACAGCAGAGUUGGGAUCUGCAGAGAUUGGCGUUGGCAAAUAAAGAUUUGGAGAAGAAGAUUAAAGUGAAGAAGACUACAGCGACGAAUCAAGGUUUUGAGGAGAAGACAAUGGCGGUGGCGGCGGGGACUGUGCAUAAAGUGGGUAAGUUUAGUGGGAGUGAGAUUCAAUUGGGGUUGAGGCAGAUUUUUGUGGGGUUGACGGGCUUUUGUGGGGACGCCAUUACAGUUUACGAGGAGCUCUGUUGUUCAGCCAUAGCCGGGGAGAACCAAGAACACAGUCAGAGCCAGCCAGGUCCUCCAUAGCUGCUGCUACUUUUUUUUUUCUUUUUUUCUUUUCUUUUCUUUGUUAUCACAGAUUUUUUGUUUUUUCUUUUUUUGGGGAUUCAUUCAAUUAAUUCUUUAUUUUUUUGAAUUUGAUUCAAUCUGGUUUUGUGGUUAAUUGGUAUUAAUUGAUUGAUUAUAAAUUUGGGUGAGUGGUGAAUGGAGUAAGUAGUACGAGGAAAUGGGGAGGAUGGUGUUCAUCGUUGGGUUGCUUGAAUUUUGAACCAAACGGCUCUCUUUGUCUAAGCCAUAUGUUAGAAAGGCUAAGGUUGUUGUUGGUGGUUGUUCGUUAGUGAUUAAAAGGCUCUGCCCCGGCUUUUCAUUGGCUCCUCCCAACCAAAUGGCUAUUUUUUUUUAUAUCCUAUGGAUUCCGAAGA